AGUGCGUCUGGCAUCGGAGGUCUCCGUGGACUUGGGGUGCAGCCACCAUGGGUGAGCCCCAGGGAUCCAUGAGGAUCCUAGUGACAGGGGGCUCUGGACUGGUGGGCAGAGCCAUCCAGAAGGUGGUCGCAGACGGGGCCGGCUUACCUGGAGAGGAAUGGGUGUUUGUCUCCUCCAAAGAUGCAGAUCUGACGGAUGCAGCACAAACCAAGGCUCUGUUCCAGAAGGUACAGCCCACCCAUGUCAUCCAUCUUGCUGCGAUGGUAGGCGGCCUUUUCCGGAAUAUCAAAUACAACUUGGAUUUCUGGGUAAGUUGGGGUGCUGGGGGACAACAAGCUUUGGGAGCCAGGAGCUUAAGCUCUUGGUACUUCCACCGGAGUCACCCCCAAGAAGUCCCCGAGGACUGGUUUUGCAGAGCCCUGGGGUCAUUUGGCCAAGCGCUGACCUGCAGGAUUGGGAAGCUGGAAAAAAGUCAGCACGCCACACUAUGCGACUAG